UAGUACGAUUAUUUGCAAUAAAAUAUUUUAUUGUUCCCUUCUUCAGGUAUUAACCCUUAUAAAUUAAAAAAUUGUUAUUUUUAUAGACUUUUACUCUUUCUGUUUGGAUUGCUGUGUUUGCCGUAUUAAUUGCUUCAUCGAUUUUCCUGAUCUUUCUCAAAAUAAAAAAGAGCUUCGUUGCAGACGGUACUUAUCAGCUUGCAACCACUCGUGGUUCGGCUUAUUACGAUAAGUUUGCAAAUUCGAAAGACCCGUUAGCAAAGAAGGUAAUGAAGUUGAUGCUAAAUGUUGAAAAAUUGCCCAUUACCGAUCAUGAAGGAUUCGAAAUGAUUUGUAAAAAUUGGAAACUAGCAAUCUACACGAGUGACCAAUUGAUCGCUGCAGAAAAUCUGAAAAUACCAUGCAAUAUAAUUUGUAUUGAAACGGGGCAUACAGACAGUUCUGCUAUGAUUUUAUCUAAAUCUAAUUCGUUCAUUGACGUCAUCAAUUUCCAAUUGCAGAAAUUUAUCGACAAUGGUAUAAUGAAUCAUUUAAAAGAUAAGAUAUUUAAAAAGAAAUCCCAUGAUGUGAUCAAGCAUCAACCGGUUCUUUUAAUUAGCGUUAUGCCGCUUAUUUUUUUCUUCUCUAUUGGAGUCGUUUUGAGUAUCUUUAUUCUGAUCAUAGAAAACUAUAUUAUCGUCCACAAAGAAAAGAAUAUUUCCAUGGUAGAUCGUAUAACGUCUACUAAGUACUCAGAAUUUUAUGUAAAGAGGAAGAAAUGCAUUAGAUAUUUUGAUAAUAGAUUACGCAGAUCGGAAAUGUGCACAGGUAAAAUACAAUUUUAGCAACAACCGUAAUGUUCGGUCUAAUGAAUUUAUAUAUCAUGAUUAUAAUUUUUUAAUAUAAUAGGAACACGUUUAUGCCUAAAUAAACUUUGAUAUUAUUUAGUACAGUUUGAAUUUGAAACAGAACUCUUUCAUUAUAUUAUUCGAGUAGACGUAUAUAACACGUUAUCUCUAUUUAUUAAUUGUCCGUGCACAUAUUUUAAUUCUUUCAAACUGUUUCGAUUUUUCAUACUUGUACGAAAUAUGAUAUGUCUAAGUAUUUUAUAAUCGAAAAACACAUUUCAAUUUUCAUCUGUUAUGAAUAAUUUCUAUUUGAGCGGUAUAAAUAAUUGAAUCAUGUUUCCUUAGAAAUUUUCAAUUAUACACUCAAUUUAAGCUGCAUCUAAAAUAAAUAAUUUCAGUGUCUAUCUGUGUAUUUUUAGAUAACGCAUUCGUUGAUGUCGUUCUCAAUUGUGAACGCAUUUUUAUAAUUCAUGCAUUCGUAAAGAGUUCAAUAGUAUACGUGCGUCAUUUUUUGAUUUUGUUCAUCAUUUGAUUAUUUGAUCCAAUUAAUCUAGCGUGCCCGAUUGUUACUACUUUUUUCGGGUAGCUCCAUAGAUUACCAGUGUAUCAUCUAAUCGUAAUCCAUAUGUUUUAUUUUUAAGAACAAUAUAUGAGGUCGUUGACUUGCUAAUCUAACACACAAAUUGGUUUCACAAUGCUGUUUUUAAAUAAUCACUAAAAUUUCAAUAGUUAUUUAACUUAUGUAGUACAGUUAUGACAAUUUGUAUGGAUUUCGUUUCCACUUGUUUCCGUAGAUAGAAAUUCUAAUAAUGAAUACUAACGGAAUUCUCUGAUAUCUUGAUAACUGCUAUUGUCACUUUGAAACAUUGUUUCCAUUCCUCCCAAUUCGUAUUAUCCGGAACAAACGAUUUCAUUUUGAAUACUACCACUGCCGU